AUGCCAAUCAAAUUUGAAGAUGAAGCAAAUAAACCGUCGCUAGAAGAAUACUUGGCAACGUUAAAAGGUCUAACAGACCAAACGGUCUCCAGUGCCUCCAAACUUCCACAAGACAUACCCUUCCACCGGUCUCUCGAUCGAAAAUUUCGAACAGACCUCGACGCCGCGUCUGAACGCGUACUUCGACUCACCAACAAACUUUUAAAAGUCUCAA